AUGGGCCUACAGACUACAAAGUGGCCUAGCCACGGGGCCUUGCUUCUGAAAUCUUGGGUUAUCAUUUCCCUGGGGCUCUACAUGCAAGUUUCUAAAAACAUGGCAUGCCCUACUGUGUGCCGCUGUGACCGGAACUUUGUCUACUGUAACGAGCGAAGCUUGACCUCAGUGCCUCUUGGGAUACCGGAGGGCGUAACCGUACUCUACCUCCACAAUAACCAAAUUAAUAAUGCCGGAUUUCCUGCAGAACUGCACAGUGUACAGUCGGUGCACACAGUCUACCUGUAUGGCAACCAACUGGACGAAUUCCCCAUGAACCUACCCAAGAAUGUCAGGGUUCUACACCUGCAGGAAAACAACAUUCAGACCAUUUCUCGGGCAGCGCUCGCUCAACUUCUGAAGUUGGAAGAGCUGCACCUGGACGACAACUCCAUCUCCACCGUAGGCGUGGAAGAUGGGGCAUUCCGAGAGGCUAUUAGUCUCAAGCUGUUGUUUCUGUCUAAAAACCAUCUGAGCAGUGUACCCGUUGGCCUCCCCGUGGAUCUACAAGAACUGAGGGUAGACGAAAAUCGGAUUGCUGUUAUAUCAGACAUGGCCUUCCAGAAUCUCACGAGUCUGGAGCGUCUGAUCGUGGAUGGCAAUCUCCUUACCAAUAAAGGCAUUGCCGACGGGACCUUCAGCCAUCUUUCAAAGCUCAAGGAAUUUUCUAUCGUACGGAAUUCACUGUCCCACCCUCCGCCUGAUCUCCCAGGUACGCAUCUGGUCAAGCUUUACCUACAGGAUAACCAGAUAAACCACAUCCCGCUGACGGCAUUUUCCAACCUCCACAACUUGGAACGGCUGGAUAUUUCCAACAAUCAGCUGCGGAUGCUGGCUCAAGGGGUCUUUGAUAAUCUCUCCAACCUGAAGCAGCUCACCGCACGGAAUAACCCUUGGUUUUGUGACUGCGGUAUUAAAUGGGUCACCGAGUGGCUCAAAUUCAUUCCUUCAUCUCUUAACGUCCGUGGUUUCAUGUGCCAGGGACCAGAGCAGGUCAGGGGCAUGGCUGUCAGGGAGCUGAAUAUGAAUCUGUUGUCAUGCCCUACCACCACACCGGGAUUAUCUCUCGUCACCCCACCCCCAAGUGUCAUUCCUCCAACCACACAGAUUCCCACUCAGUCCGCAGCUACCCCUAGCCGGAACUAUACUCCUCUGACGCCCACCGUAUCCAAACUCCUCCCCACCGUUCCUGACUGGGACGGCAGAGAAAGGGUGACCCCUCUCAUUUCCGAACGAAUCCUCCUCUCCGUCCAUUCUGUGAAUGACACUUCCAUUCAAGUCAGUUGGCUUUCCCUCUUUACAGUGAUGGCGUACAAACUCACCUGGGUGAAAAUGGGCCACAGCUUGGUAGGGGGCAUUGUCCAAGAACGGAUAGUCAGUGGUGAAAAACAGGAUCUGAGUCUGAUCAAUUUAGAGCCCAAAUCUACCUAUCGGAUUUGCUUAGUGCCGCUGGAUGCUUUUAAUUAUCGCGCUGGAGAAGACACCGUUUGUUCUGAGGCAACCACUCACGCCUCCCAUUUAAAUAAUGGCAGCAACUCCGCUUCCAGCCAUGAGCAAACAACUUCGCACAACAUGGGUUCCCCCUUUCUUCUGGCGGGUUUGAUUGGGGGUGCGGUGAUAUUUGUGCUGGUGGUCUUGCUCAGCAUUUUUUGCUGGCACAUGCACAAAAAGGGGCGCUACACCUCGCAGAAGUGGAAAUAUAAUCGAGGCCGGCGGAAAGAUGACUACUGUGAGGCGGGCACCAAGAAAGACAACUCCAUCUUGGAGAUGACAGAAACCAGCUUUCAGAUUGUCUCCUUAAAUAAUGAUCAGCUCCUUAAAGGAGAUUUCAGACUGCAGCCCAUUUACACCCCAAAUGGGGGCAUUAAUUACACAGACUGCCACAUUCCCAACAACAUGAGAUACUGCAACAGCAGCGUUCCAGACUUGGAGCACUGCCACACGUGA